AUUUAUUUGACUCCUACUUGCUGACUGCCCAGUUUCUUAGAAGCUCUGCCUCCUGGCUUUGCAAUUUUGGGCUGGCAGGCAUACUCUAAGUAGGGCUUGUGCCAUAGAAUAUGGAUUGGAGUAACAGAAAUCUGUCUCACAAUCCGAUGUGGCUAGAAUCAAGCAAUCUUUGUAAACCUACAAUUCAUUCCAAAAGCCCAGAAUAUUCUAAGACAACUUUGUUGUUCCCUAAUUUAUCAUUCCUGCACAGAUUCUUACCUGGCUCAACCCUUUGUGAUGAUAAACAGAGAGUACCAAAAUUGUCAAUAAGGUCAUGGUCUCAGGAAUACCCAGUAGAACUGUUACUUUCCUUGGGAAACUUGAAAAGGGACUAUUUUAGAGGUUAUCCAUGAAAGGCCUCACCUUUUCAAAGUUAUGAGUUUGUUGGCUCCUUUGAUGCUGGCUUAGGAAUUUUAGAUUUCUGUGGAUAACCAAGCCCUCAUGGCACAGUGGUUAAGAGCUCAGCUGCUAACCAAAAGGUCGGCAGUUCGAAUCCACCAGCCCCUCCUUGGAAACACUGUGGAACAAUUCUACUCUGUCCUGUAGGGUCACCAUGAGUCGGAAUCGAUGCUAUGGCAACAGGUACAGAUAACUGCGUAAUGGCUCCAGAAAAGGAGAAACUUGAAGUUAGCUUUUAUUUUUCUUAGUGUUAACUUGAUGCCACUGGGUUUAAAAUAAUAUUUCUACGAAAAUGGAAGCAGAGAGCUUGGUUGGGAGAUUCUUACAGUGGUGGCUUAGACCAAGGUGGUGGCAGAGGAAAUGGAGAGACAUGGAUGGAUUCCAGAUAUUUUUGGGACGUAGAAUUGGUAGGUCUUGGUGUGAUAGAUUGCAUGUAAGAAGUGACAGAGAAAGAAGCAGGGGUGACUCCCAGGUAGAGUUGUCAGAAAAAAUGCCCAGUUAAAUUUGAAUUUCAAAUAAACAACAAAUUUUUAGUAUAAAUAUUUGGGACAUACUUAUACUAAGAAAUUAUUUAUCUGAAAUUCAGAUUUAGCCGGGAGUCCUGUUUUCUUAUUUGCUAAACAUGUCAAUCCCAUUCCCAGGUUUCUGGCUUGAAUAGCUAUGCAGUGGUGCCGUUUAUUUAUCAGGAUUAUAAAGAAACGCUUUGAUAAUUUUCAAGAUUAAAAAACAAAGGGAAUGCUCUUUUUGGCCAUGCAGAUUAAGUACACUGAUAUCCUGAUGCAGUGCAACAGGUUUCUCUUUAUAUGUCAGCCUUUCUUGCCCUGAGUUUGUAGUUUUCCAAGAUGAUUUGCUAGGCCACAGUCUUGUAGAGCAAUUGGACAGUUCACUAUGUAAAUAAGGUAAAUAAAACUGUUAUGGGGAUUGGUUGAUUGCUAUGCAAAUUAGGUGACUAUGGCCUACCUAGGGGAUUGGUCAGUUCAUUGUCUUGGUGGGAGGAACAGGCUUACAAAAAGCCCAAUCCCACCGAAGUUGAGGGGGACCUCACUACCAUCAAGAAGAGGAGCCUGGAGUAAGCAUGUCCUUUGGACCCAGGGUUCCUGUGCUGAGAACCUCCAAGAUACAGGAGAGAGAGUUGUUUAAGACUGAAGACGAUACAAGACUGCACAGAGGAGGCAACCGCAUGAGUGGUGCGAACCAGUAGACCAGCAGGACUUGGCUGCAGUGGGCUUGCCCACUGUCAUGGAUUGAAUAGUGUCCCCCAAAAAUAUGUGUCAACUUGGUUAGGCCAUGAUUCCUAGUAUUCUGUAGUUGUCUUCCGUUUUGUGAUUGUAGUUUUAUGUUAAAGAGGAUUAGAGUGGAAUUGUAACACCACCCUUACCCAGGUCACAUCCCUGAUCCAAUGUAAAGGGAGUUUCCCUGGGGUAUGGCCUGCACCACCUUUUAUCUCUCAAAAGAUAAAAUGGAAAGGGAAGCUAGCAGAGAGGGGGACCUUAUACCACCAAGAAAGCAGCACCAGGAAUAGACUGCCUCCUUUGGACGUGGAGUCCUUGUGCCUGAGAAGCUCCUCAACCAGGCGAAGAUUGAGGACAAGGACCUUCCUCCAGAGCUGAUAGAGAGAAAGCCUUCCCCUGGAGUGGACGCCCUGAAUUUGGACUUUUAGUCUGCUUUAAUGUGAGGAAAUAAAUUUCUUUUUGUUAAAGCCAUCCAUUUGUGGUAUUUCUGUUACAGCAGCACUGGAUAACCAAGACACCCACCCAUGGAGCUCUCACUAAGCACCUUUGGGCAGCAGGCUUGCUGGUAUCAGAAACGGUGAAAAAUUGGGAGAGUGGAGAUAUGUCUGAGCUCCACCUCAAGGGCUCAGCUUUGGGCUGGUGGUGAUUCUCAUCCCUCCUCGUGAAGUUAGAUGAAGGCUGAUCCCGCUAAAUUUUCCUUGCUGCUGCUUACUUUGGAGGAGUACUAUUUUGAACAGCACACAGCUAAUCAUAUUCAGCACAAAGGCAGCCCGAGUGAAAGGAAAAUCAGAGGCUCCUUAAAAAUAUGCUCCAAGUCAGUGAUUUUUGAACCAGAUGCAAUAUCCCAGCCCAUUAUUAAGAUUCCUUUGAGAGAUUGUAUAAAAAUAGGAAAACAUGGAGAAAAUGGAGCCAGUAGACACUUUGCAAAGGCAAAAUCUGGGGGAAUUUCACUCAUUUGCAGUCAGGUAUAUUUCAUUAAAGAACAUAACAUUGUUGCACCAUAUAAAAUAGAAAGGGGCGAAAUGGAAUAUGUCUUUGAAUUGGAUGUUUCAGGAAAAGUGGAAGAUGUUCUGGAGAACUUGCUUCAGCUCCACAGAGCAUCCUGCCUUGACAAACUGGGGGAUCAGACCGCCAUGAUAACUGCUAUUCUGCAGUCACGUUUGGCUAGGACAUCGUUUGACAAAAAUAGAUUCCAAAGUGUUUCUGAAAAGCUGCACAUGGAAUGUAAAGCAGAGAUGGUGACGCCCCUGGUGACCAACCCUGGGCACGUGUGCAUCACAGACACAAACCUGUAUUUCCAGCCUCUCAAUGGGCACCCGAAACCUGUGGUCCAGAUAACACUCCAGGAUAUCCGCCGCAUUUAUAAAAGGAGGCACGGCCUCAUGCCUUUGGGCUUGGAAGUAUUUUGCACAGAAGACGAUCUGUGUUCCGACAUCUACUUAAAGUUCUGCGAACCUCGAGAUAGAGACGACCUCUACCAUUGUAUUGCUGCGUAUCUAGAUCACAACAAAAAACUCAGCUUUCAUGAGCGCCACGUGGCCGAGCACACUGCCGAGAGCUACAUGCUGCAGUGGCAGCGGGGCCUCAUCUCUAACUACCGGUACCUGCUGCACCUCAACAGCCUGGCUGACCGGAGCUGCAGUGACCUCUCCCAGUACCCCGUGUUUCCGUGGGUAAUAAGGGACUAUCACAGCUCUGCACUAGACUUGUCAAAUCCAGGAACCUUCCGGGAUCUUAGUAAGCCAGUUGGGGCCCUAAAUAAGGAACGGCUGGAGAGGCUGCUGACACGCUACCAGGAAAUGCCAGAGCCAAAAUUCAUGUAUGGAAGUCACUACUCUUCUCCCGGUUAUGUCUUGUUUUAUCUUGUUAGGAUUGCACCAGAGUACAUGCUGUGUUUACAGAAUGGAAGAUUUGAUCAUGCAGAUAGGAUGUUCAACAGUAUUGCAGAAACUUGGAAAAACUGUUUGGAUGGUGCCACAGAUUUUAAAGAGUUGAUUCCUGAAUUCUACGGUGAUGAUGUCAGCUUUUUAGUCAAUAGCCUGAAGUUGGAUUUGGGAAAGAGACAAGGAGGGAAAAUGGUUGAUGAUGUAGAACUUCCCCCAUGGGCAUCGAGUCCUGAGGACUUUCUCCAGAAGAGCAAAGAUGCAUUGGAAAGCAGUUACGUGUCAGAGCAUCUUCACGAGUGGAUUGAUCUCAUAUUUGGCUACAAGCAAAAAGGGAGUGGUGCUGUUGGCGCCCAUAAUGUGUUUCAUCCCCUAACCUAUGAAGGAGGCGUAGACUUGAACAGCAUCGAGGAUCCUGACGAGAAAGUAGCCAUGCUGACCCAAAUCUUGGAAUUCGGGCAGACGCCAAAGCAGCUGUUUGUGACCCCGCAUCCUCAAAGGAUCACCACAAAGUUGAAAAGUUUGUCUCAAACAUCCAGUCACAACGCAUCCAUGGCCGAUUCCCCAGUGUCUGCAGGUGAAGAGUCCUUUGAAGACCUGACCGAAGAAAGCAAAACCCUUGCCUGGACGAACAUCACCAAGCUGCAGUUACACGAGCAGUAUAAGAUCCACAGAGAGGCAGUAACUGGAAUAGCGGUCUCUUGCAAUGGCUCAUCAGUCUUUACCACGUCCCAAGAUUCCACCUUGAAGAUGUUUUCUAAAGAAUCUAAAAUGCUACAACGAAGUAUAUCAUUUUCGAAUAUGGCUCUGUCAUCUUGUUUGCUGUUACCAGGAGAUGCCACUGUCAUAAGUUCUUCGUGGGAUAAUAACGUCUAUUUUUAUUCCAUAGCAUUUGGAAGACACCAGGAUACAUUAAUGGGACAUGAUGAUGCUGUGAGUAAGAUCUGUUGGCAUGACAACAGGCUGUAUUCUGCAUCAUGGGACUCUACAGUGAAGGUAUGGUCUGCCAUUCCUGCAGAGACACCCAGCACCAGAAGACAGCGCUUUCAUCUGCUUGCUGAACUGGAGCAUGAUGUCGGUGUAGAUACAAUCAGUUUAAAUGCUGCGAGCACACUGUUGGUUUCAGGCACCAAAGAAGGCACAGUGAGUAUUUGGGACCUCACUGCUGCCACCAUGUUGCACCAGAUACCGUGCCAUUCAGGGACUGUGUGUGAUGCUGCUUUUAGCCCAGACAGCCGUCAUGUCCUCAGCACAGGAGAAGACGGUCGCCUUAACGUCAUAGACGUGCAGACUGGGAUGCUCAUCUCGUCCCUGCCUUCAGAAGAGCCGCAGAGGUGCUUUAUCUGGGAUGGAAAUUCAGUUUUAUCCGGAAGUCAGUCUGGUGAACUGCUUGUUUGGGACCUCCUUGGAGCAAAACUCAGUGAGAGGAUUCAGGGCCACACAGGUAAGCAAUUAGGCAUUUGUCUCAACCUCCCUCUUCCGUCAGGUAACAUCAUCACAGGCCCAUGUUCUCUCCUCGGUGUCAGCGUUGGGGCAGCCAAGGUGAUCAGCACUGCAGUGAAGCAGGACUUAUGUAGACAGACAUUUGACUCCCAAAAGGAAGUCUUUACAUUAACUUCCAGAUGGAGGAUUAAAAACCAUAGUAAAAGUUGUAACAGUAUUUAAAAAAAAAAAUAUAUAUAAUACAUGGAUAUAGUUAAAACAAAAACAAAUCAAAAUUAGUAAAUUAGUCAGUCGUCCCCCGACUUGCCUUCUACCUUCCAGGAUGUUUAGUUCAUGCGUCCGUCCUAUGUGUGUGUCCUCUUACUGCGGAGGGGGGGUGUGUAGAAUAUAUAAAGUAUAACAAUUGUUCUGCCCUUGCUUUUCACACUGAGUGGUGUCUCUUAAGAGUCACUGUAUCGUGUUUGCUGACAUUACAUGCUUUGCUCUCCAUCAUUUGGAAGAUUUCGUUUUAAUUCUCCUAGUAUUCUCCGGUACCUGUUGACUUCCCACUUUUAUUCCCUUUCCUGUAUCACUCUGCUUUGGAUGGUUAUAUUAUUUCUUUACGUUAUACCUUAAAAAAUUACGUAUCUGUGCCUUUUUUCGUCAAUAACAUUUGACCCCUUCCAGUGGAAAAGUAAGGUGAACCCGCAUGCUGUGGCCGGUUGCCCUUCUGCCUCCUGACUUCGCCAUAUCACACGCGUGUUGUCAGGGGAUGUGUUUGCAUUCUGUUCUGGACCCAUAAUUCCCAGCUGUUUCGGCUUUAGAUGUAUACUUAAAUGGUUUCUUAUUCCUUCCUCACAAGUUCUUUAUAGCUAUUAUUUUUUUAUACAAAGAUUUUAUUAUAGGACGAGAACCAGACGAGGUGGGACUUCACUUUUUGGGUAAAUGAAUUGGAAGCUACGUCUUUGGGGGCUGGCUCUCUGGUCACCUUACUGCUGAAGCGAUGUGUUUUUCUCUCAGGUGCUGUGACCUGUAUAUGGAUGAACGAGCAGUGCAGCAGCAUCAUCACGGGAGGGGACGACAGACAGCUUAUGUUCUGGAAACUGCAGUAUUAAGUGCCUUUUCCUCUCCUGGAUAAGCUGAAUUCCAUUUAAUGUCUUUUUAAACCAAACUUUUAAAUGAACCGGUGAACAUGCAAUGACGGUCAUCAGAAGUUUUACCGCAUGGAAAAUUUGUGGUUUUAAACUUUCUAAAAUCAUGACUUCACUGAAGUCAUUAGUUGCCAUCUUCUGAGGCGGAUAAAGAUACAGCAGUAUUUGGGAGAAAACAUGACAUGGGUUGUAAGGCAGACGGUCGCCCCAGCAGGAUGCUCUGAGUGACAACAGCUCAGAGAGGCUAAACUGGGGAAACCAUCACAAAGCACUGGACGGUUUAGACUUUCCCAGGAGCGUGUGCAGCUCCGUUUGCCAGUCGAGCCACUCUGUUUGUCUUCCUGAUCUACCAUAAUUGCUACCCAUGGGUUUUGGGUGUGUUUUCAAGGAAUGGCUACUUUCUAUAACCUGCUGUACCCAGAUUCUAAGUUUACUGUGUAUAGGAGUGGUUUGUAUUUCAUUAUAGCUAUUAAAUGUUCAUCUUUUCUACGAUAUUAAAAUUAUUUUUAUGUAAUAAAAGCAGUUUUCAUUUUCUUACCUGAAUGACUUACUACAAAGACUAGUAGCUUCUAAGAUUCACAGUAUUGAUCUGUUCUAGAAAAUCCUACUUAGUGACACUAAUGUAGUUCUCAGACUUUUAGAACUAUCUUCACACCCAAAUCUAGAUAGCAGAGUAGAUAAUUAAACUGGGAAAUGCUGUGUUUUGCCUUUUUAAAUUAGACAAGCUCAGCUAUAAAGCAAGAGUUCUGAUAUCCUCUUAAAGUCAACAUCUGAACCACAGCAGUUAUGGGAUUUAAUUUUUCCAUACACUUUAAAAACACUGUAUGUUCCUAAGUAUCGGGUAGGUAGUAUGGCAUAAGGGAAAGAACUCGAGUCACGCCAGGGCAGUAGUUUUCUAGUUCUAAAUGCCAUUAAACAUGACGUGGUCUCUAGUGUGGCCUCAGUACCCCCUGGUGCACGGUCUGCACAGCCCUGGUGUGACCAGCUUUGUUGGCCCUUUAGUUCUUGUGCCCUUCAGUCUGCAGCUCACAUCUGGUACUGCCAACACGACACCGAGGGCUUUCCACAGUGCACCUCAGUGCUAGCUAGCUGCUUUGGGAGAUGACUCCCUACAGGACCAAGGUGAAUUUCACUUCCCUAUUUCCAAAGUCAUGCACAAGUUUGGUGAAAACCAAUGAGAGCUUUUCAAUGAUGAAGUAACAGUCUGAAAUUUUACUUUAUUUAUACAUAUUUAAUUAGAAUAGAAUAGGCAUAAAACAAAGUAUCAGGAUAAAGUGUUAGCGCCAUUUUGUUGGCAGGGCGAAGUCAGGAAAUGGAACAAAUUACCAGAGACGUUCUAAGAUGAUUCCAAAGUAGCUCGAUUAUAAAAAAAAAAAUAAUAAUAA